AUGAAAGUUGGACUUAAGCUUUUCUCUACAUUUCUCCUGAGCAUUGUCUUUUCUAUGACCAGCAAAAUUCCAGGUUUCACAGAUCCUCCUUUUCUUUCACCAUCAAAACUUUCUCCUGAGCAUCUCCGCAUUGACUACAUUUUUGAUACUAGCAGUGACUUUGAUGGAGUCUCAAAGCAAUUUCUCACAGAGUUUCUCGAAUCUUCAAUUCAAAUAGUGUCUUACCUUCUUCAAAACUAAUUAAUUUAGUUAAGAUUUUUGAGCAGUGACCAGUUGAUUCUUAAAGAUUCAUUUCACCUUGCUUUGCUGAACUGUUUGUCGUCAUUAGAUCAUACCUCCUGACUGAUCAGAGUAGUUUGAUCUUUUACUACACCUAAUUAUUUGAUCAAUGGUAUAUCCGAUUCGUUUACUGGCUGGAAGGGGUUAUAAAAGUAAAAUUUACUUUAAUCUCACACUACUAAAUAUCGUAAUUCAAAAUUCUAAAUCUUCAAUAAUAAACCAAGUCGAAUGAGUAUUCAAAACAUACCCCAUCUUUCUUCCACAAGGCCUCUGCAAAUUGAAGAGACCUAGAGCUGCAAGAAUUAAAAGAUGCAGUUCGCCGUAACAUUUUAAUCCAAAUAAUUCUUCAAGAUACUUUCACAACCCUUUUGUCAUCUUCGUCAAAAAGUCCGUUUUGUCCCGAAUUUGACCAAUUAGACAUUUUAAAGAUGUUAGCCUCAGAUAUCAUUUUGAUUGUCAAAAAUGAUAAAAAUUCAAAGAAUCCUUUGGUUCUUGAAGACUGCUCGAGCCAAUUUUAUGAUCAAAAAUUAGGACUCAUAAAAAUAAAUAUACCCCUACUUCUAGCAGAAAACGAAAUUUCAGCUAUUUAUGAUACAGUUAAAGGUAUAGCUAAAGCUUAUUUCAAAACUGAUGAAAUUCUUGAGAAGCUUGAUGAGUUGUUCGAUACUAGCUUAGGUGCUUCUUGUACUGUGACUUGUAAAGUUUGCAAUACAAAUACAGGUGCUUGUGUAACAUGCUAUGACCCAACUCAUAUGUCAAUUAAAAAUGGAGUCUGCUACUGCACCGAUCCAAACUCAAUAUUCUUCCCCACAACAAGUUCCUGUAUCUGCAAAAAUGGCUAUUUUUUUAAAUAGCUUACUUAAUAUUUACUUGUUUUAACGUCAUUUACAGGGUUGGCAAUAGCCUGGCCUUUCCUGUACAUCGUCGCCGCAUAAGGCCAAAAAGCCUCCUGUCCGACCUGUCUUUCACCAGUAUACGCCUCCAGGUAGUGUUGCCGACUAAGACGGGGCUAUUUUUUAAAUAGCACCAACUUAUGUGCUCCGUGUCCUUCUAUCUGUGCAACAUGUUCAAGCUUAACAAGCUGUUUAUCUUGCGUAAGCCCUUCUCAAAUGACACUUUACAAUAACUGGUGUUAUUGUUCGAAUCCUGAAGGGUCAGUUUUUAACUCUAAUACACUACUUUGCAACUGUCCUACUGGAACAUGGACAAAUGGACAAUUCUGCCAGACUUGUAAUGCAACUUGCAGUGCCUGUAAUAGUGAAGAUGUAUGCACUUCCUGCACUGAUGCUAUUCAUAUGAAUUUAAUAGGAGGAGUUUGCAGCUGUAAGGACCCUAAUGCAGCUUUUAACGAAACAUUAGGGUUAUGUGAAUGUGCAAAUGGGUAUUAUAUGAACAAUACAGCUUGUGUGCCUUGCCAGGCAUCAUGUGGGACUUGUAGCAAUAGCACUUUUUGCGACACUUGUGUUGAUUUGACACAUAUGUUGUUAGUUAAUGGAAUAUGCACUUGCUCACUCCCCCCCUCCGUGAGCGAAAAAAAAAUUUUGCUCACUCACGGAGGGGGUUAAUUAUGUUUUUUAAAAAAAAUUUAUUUAUAGAUUUUAUAGAAAUAAUUUUUUUUUUCGAAAUUUAAAAAAAUCCUAAUUCGCAAACAUUGGGAAGCAAAUAUUAAUUUAAUUUAUAAAAUUUAUGUUUAAAACGCAAAUUGUUUAAAAUUAAAUAGAAUUAGCUCGAGAUUUCAUUAUACUAAUUAUCAUUUAUAUAUCAAUUUUUUUCCAUAAUUUUUUUUUUCUAUUAAAGACAUUUUUGUUCUCUCACGGAGGAUGGGUUUUUGGGCAAAAAAUAGGGAUUUUUCCAAUGGUUUUGUUCACUCACGGAGAGGGGGAAUCAGUGGAAAAUUCGUAUUUCAAUGCUAAAACGCAACUAUGCACUUGCUAUAAUGGGUCAUAUAUGAAUGGUCCUUCAUGUGCUAAUUGCCAACCACCUUGCGGAUUUUGCACUAGUGCUUCAAACUGUAUUUCUUGUGUGGACUCUCGUAUGACUUUAUCGAGUGGUGUAUGCACAUGCCCUCAGAAUUCUGCAUUCAGUAUGACUCAAGUAAGCUGUGUUUGCAAUAUUGGCUUAUUUUUCAAUAGCAGUCAAGUUUGUGUCCCUUGCUUAUCAACUUGUGCCACUUGCAAUAAUACAUCAUCAUGCUUAUCAUGCAUAGACCCAAAUCAUAUGACUCUUACUACCGGAAACUGUGCUUGCACUGAUCCUAAAGCAACUUUUAACUCAACUAGUUUAUUGUGUAUUUGUCCAGAUGGGAUGUAUAUGGGAAGCUUAGGGUAUUGCCCGUUCCCGACUAUAGAUCGGGCAUAGCCCGAUCUUUGGCGGGAAAUUUGGGUUGUCUGCGUCACUUUGAGGUGACAAGUCAACUUCCCGAGUUGGCAAAUAGCCCUUAUAUAGUAUAGGAAUUGCCCGAGGAUGGCGCAAUCUUGCGCCAUUCGGGCAAUUACUAUAAUUUGCCGGGAAACUCGGGGAGUUGGCUCGUCACCUCAAAGUGAUGCAGACAACCCCCGAGUUUCCCGGCAAAGAUCGGGCUAUGCCCAAUUAUAGCCGGGAACGGGCUAUAUUGCAUUUCAUGUCCAAGCUCCUGUCCUUUAUGCACUGGCUCAAACAACUGCUUAUCCUGCUACUCAGCAGCUUCUGGAUAUUUGCCAUAUACUUUGAUAAAUGGCAUUUGUACAUGCACUGUUUCUAACUCUCAGUCAAGCGGCAAAAAUGGCUGUGUCUGCGCUAAUGGCUAUUAUCAACCCCCAAGCCAAACCCAAUGUCUUAUGUGUCAAGGUCCCUGCCAAAAUUGUUUUACUCCCCUCUCCGUGAACGAACAAAAAAACUUGUUCGCUCACGGAGGGGGUUUAAUUUUUUAAGAAAUUGUUUUUCAGAAUUUAAAAAUCCCUUCUCGAAAAUCGGAAAGCAAAUAUUAAUUUAAUUGUAAAAUUUAUAAUUUAAAACGCAAUUUGUUUAAAAUUAAACAAAUUAGCUCGAGAUUUCAUGAUACUAUUUAUCACUUAUAUAUCAAAAAUUUUUUCUAUAAAAAAUUUUUGUUCGCUCACGGAGGGUGGGUUUUAGGUAAAAAUAGGGAUUUUUUUAAAAGGUUUUAUUCGCUCACGGAGGGGUGGAGUUAGCACCCAAGCUGCAAUUAAAUGUAGUUCCUGUGUGGACCCAAGAAUGGUUCUUGAUAAUGGCUAUUGCCAAUGCUCCCCAAGCAACUCUUAUUACUCGCCUCAAUCAAAUUCUUGCCAAUGCAAUGGAGGAUACUACAUGAAUGGCUUUAUUUGUAGUGCCUGCUCUCUACCAUGUGAAACUUGCUCGAAUAGUGCUUCAAGCUGUGCUUCUUGCAUCCUCCCAAGUCAAAUGACAUUAAAUUCUUUGAAUAUUUGUGUUUGUACCACUCCAAGUAGUAUAUAAACUAAAAUGAUGAGGCAGUAACCUCUAAAAAACUGAAGAUGGGAAACUAUGGACCUUGUGGGAAGAGAGAUGGCGUUUGAUAAUGUGCAUCUGGGCAGGUUUACUGAAUUUGAACGUGUAAUUAAAAUAUUGCGUCACUCGAAGUUUCUGAUCCUGUCAGAAAAUUCAUCUCUUGCGUAUUUUAUAUAUGAAAUUUGAUUUCCCCUAGUGAGAUUAUCCCAGCUAUGACAGGGAAGCAAGAGCCUGGUGGUUUUUCUACAGGACUCCUAACCUUAGAGAAUGCAAUUUUCCAGAAAGGUGCCACUUACCCAGGCAGUGGAGACUGGGAUCUUUAUGGUGCCAUUCGGACCAAUGUAAAUGAUUUAGUUCAAAGAAGAGUUACUGAAGUCCAAACUUCAAGACUGACAUCCUCAUUGGUGAAUAAAGUCCAAGGUGGCCGCACAUUUGGCAGACCCUAACGAAAAUGGCGCAAAUUCGCCCCAGAGUGGUGUUGCUGAGAGUAGCUGUGGCCGAGCUAUUAGCAGACGUUAAAUGUGCUAUAAAUUAAUUAAGAUUAAGAUUUGGUGGAGUGCAGUGUCGGAUUAAGUGGGCCGCAGCUCAUUACAGUUCAAGAUUUAAUUCUAGGAAAGACGGACAGUCGGAAUUGGAAAGGGUAAGCCGUUUGAUUCAUUCGAAAAUUCCCCUAGCACGAUACACAAGAAGUUGCACCCUGGGCGACAAGUUCGAUCUCGGUUGGCAAACUCGGUCAGAAAAUUUGCUUUCGAGUUUCUUGUAGAGCAACCCAAGUUAGACGUAUGGGACGGUGACUUAUCCCACUUCACUCUAGCAAAUAUGAGAGCCAAUUUUUUAGAGGAGCAUAGCCAAUAAGAAGAUGACAGGCAGUCAAAAGCAAGAUGAUGAUAAAUACAAUUUAAGGUAUUAUAACGAGCUUUUUCUAAAAUUAACUAAACACUAAAAACCACUCCAAGUGGCUCUUACUACAAUUCACAGAUAAACCAAUGUGUGUGUCCAGUGAAGACUUAUCUGAACAACACUAACUGUGAAAAUUGCGAUGAAACUUGCAUGACUUGCACAAACAGCACAGAAUGCUUAACCUGCGCAGAUCCAAUCCACAUGACAAUUGAUAAUGGAGUUUGCGCUUGUCCAGAAAACUCCACUUUUACAGGAAAUAAUUGUACAUGCGACUAUGAUUUCUUCUGGCACGGCAAUGAAUGCGUUGAAUGCCAGCCUCCAUGCCAACAAUGUGUAAACCAAGCUACUUGCAUAAGCUGCUUUGACUCAAAUAAUAUGAUUCUAAGCAAUGGGGCAUGCACAUGCAAAGACCCAAAUGCAGUUUUUGAUACAACUAAAGAUUCGUGUGUGUGCUUUGAUGGAUAUUUUUCAAGCAAUUCUAUAUGUCGAGCCUGCCAAACCACUUGUGUAACUUGCCAAAGUAGUACGGCAUGCACAAAUUGUAUUGAUCAAGCCCAUAUGACUUUGCUCAAUGGCGUUUGUACUUGUAGUGAUCCGAAUGCUAGCUUUAACUCAACCCAAAAAAUAUGUAUUUGUGAUAAAGGAUAUCAAUUAGCCAAUGGAGUAUGCAUUACCUGUCCUGUGCAAUGCUCUUCAUGCACUGCAAACAAUGUCUGCAUUUAUUGUUCAAAUCCUCAAGAAAUGAGUGUUGUAUAGUUCAAGCUUUUAUUUACCUCGAACUUCACCAAACCCUAAAAACCAAUUAGAGGUUUUGCUAGUCACUUUUAUUGAUAGAGCAACUCCUUGAGUUAGCAAAUCCAGUCUAUAGCCUAAUUGGAGAUAGUUUAUGUCCAAAAAUUAUAUACAUAAAAUGGCCGGAGAAGAGUGACCCGUCCCUCCGUGGCGGGUGUCCUUAUGUAUACCGGACGUGGUUUUUGGAUGCGGAGAGCUACUCAAGGGAAGAGUUAGCCUCGAGGCGAGAGGCCCAGCCCUAUUUCCGCUGAUUUUGGGACUUGACCCGGGCAGCAGUUUUUCGCAUUCUUUUUGCCAGUAGCGCUGAGGCCCAGACUCAGUGUCCGAAAGAGGCAGGGUGAGUUACCUGCCUAGGCUACUUGGUGGCUUCGUCCCGAAUCCCGCAAGGGGUUGAGUUCUUUCUCGGAGAUAAUCCGGAAAAGAGGGGAAGGCGAAGCUCUCAGAUAUCAAAGGCGCAAGUCUCUCCAGCUAAAAGGGUCCCUGAUAAAGGGGGCGAUCUGGCCGAGCUAAGCAGGGUUGGGUAAUGCUGGCGCUUAGGUUGGAAAUGGUGGUUCCCGCAAAAUCCGUAUGAAUCGGAUCCGGAGCGAAAUACCACUACCGAGAAACCGGGGGUUUCGGCCCGGGCCUAAGUUAGCCUUGAGGGAGCCCACCCCGCAGCGACAUCACUGCGGAACGCACAAAGCGUUAAUCUAAUCUAAUCACCAAAAAUUGACUAGCCAAAUCUCAAGCCGGCCUAAGGAACCGAGCUAAAAAUGAAUCCGGCUAUAUCUGGAAAUUGUGUAUGCAAUGCAGCAAAUACAAUUUAUGACCCAAUCAGCAAUAGUUGUAUUUGCCAAGAGAAAUAUUAUUAUGAUGGAAAUGCAUGCACAGCCUGCCACUCUCCAAUAUGCAGUACUUGUGAGAGUAAUAGAUGCUUAUCCUGCAUUGAUGAAGUUAAUAUGACUUUGAGCUCUGGAAUGUGCUACUGCAAUGAUCCAAAUUCCUUUUUUAAUAUUUCUAUUAAUGCAUGCCAAUGCUUAAAUGGAUAUUUACCUAGCCAAACUGGAAACUCACUCGAAUGCCUCCAAAUUACAGGUCCAUGUGUGCAAUAUUCAAUGGAUGGCUCAUGCAUGGAGUGCAUCACCACUCGUUAUAGUAAUAUGUGAAUAUAUAAAGGUCAAUGCUAUUGCACAACUCCUAAUAUGUAUUAUAGUACAGUAUUGAAAGAUUGUUUUUGCAAUUCUGGUUAUUAUACUACUGAUAAUUAUGACUGCAACCCAGAUAAUCAAAUUCCUGGCUGCAUUAAGUGAAAUAAUGUUGGCUGUAUAGAGUGCAUUGCUUCUAUGAAUAAUUAUAAUUCACAGUGUCAAUGCCGAUAUGGAUAUUACAAUUCUACUUUGAAUAAUUGCAUAUGCAGCUAUGAGGGUCCUACAUACUGAAAUGGGAAUGAAUGUGCUUAUUGUGGUUGCCCUUCUUGUUCACUGGAUGGAACUUGCUUACAAGAAUGCCCUCAAAACCAAACAUGAAGUACUGCUUACUAUAGUUGUGCUUGUGAAAAUAAUUUCUACUCAUGUGAUAACUAUAAUCAUUGCUGCACCCAAAGUCGUACAUGCCAGUCAAUAUACUCUAAUGGUGAUUGUGCAACUUGCGAGGGAUAUUGAAUGACGACAAGCUAUGUUGGAAAUGUAAUACAAUGCAUCUGUCAAAGUGGCUUGGCUUACAAUACAGAGUUAAAUGAUUGUUACUGUCCUGCUGGGCAGUAUAGAAGUUGCAGUACCUGCGGAUGCCAGAAUUGUGGUAAUUAUUGCAAUGUAUGCACAAGUAAUUCUAUAUGCACAUCAUGCCAGCCGACCUUUAUGGUUCAAAAUGGAGUAUGCACUUGUGAUCCGAAUGCAUUUCUAAGUGGAGGCUGCAUUUGCAAUAAUGGAUUUUACAUGAAUUCGACUUAUUCAUGUCUCCCAUGCCCCGAAACUUGUGCCAAAUGCACAUCUAACUCCGUUUGCACCUCUUGCACUUCUGAUUACAUUUAUAUUGAUGGAAUUUGUGUUUGUCCAGAUAUUAACUCUGAAUUCAAUACUACAACCCAUCAAUGCGAAUGCAAUUUAGGCUAUUAUAACGACAGCUCAUCAUGUGUAUCUUGCCUUGCUACUUGUUAUGGCUGCUUAGAGGAUGGUGUAACAUGCACUUCUUGCUCUGAUGAAAAAAAUAUGAUUUUAAAUGAUGGAGUGUGCAGCUGCAUUGACCCAAAUGCAGUAUUUAACCAAACUACACUGAAGUGUGAAUGCCCUUAUGGCUAUUACAAUAAUGUUUGUAACGCAUGUGGGCCAAGCUGUUCUCAGUGCACUGAUAACCAAUGCUUGAGCUGCUACGACUCGGCCCAUAUGGUCUUGGUUGGGAAUUCGUGCACUUGCUUGGAUCCAAAUGCAUAUUAUGUCGAGUGGGCUAAAGUUUGUGCGUGCAGCUCAGGAUUCUAUAAUAGUGGACAAAUUUGUGUCCCUUUUCCUGGUCUUAUGUUCAACAAGUAA